AUGAAGUCGCAACUUCUCUCUGGUCCUUUGCCUUCGGUCUUCUCUUCAACGAGCUCGUUGUCGUCAAGCCGAAUUGCGUCGCAGGACUACCUCAUCGGUCUGCGCGGCAUUCUCGUCCUUCAAUCUUUCUUGUUCGUCUUCUUUCAGGCCUUCCUUCCCACUGCAGUUCCAGAUUCGAGGAACAAAGAUGGGCCACUCUAUCAGAUCAUACUCCGCAAAUCCUUCUCUGUCGUCUUUUGCAACGAAUCUCUGAUCUACUCCUGGAUCAUCUUCCUCUCGGCUCGCACAAUUGCGUUGCCAUACCUCAGCAAUACCAGCCGCGAAGUUUGCGCGUCCAGCGUGUUCCGCCGCAGCGUCCGACUAUGGCUGCCAACUUUUACUGCAUAUUCGAUCGCAAUUGCAGCAUUCACUGCAGCGGAUAACGCAUACAUUACCGACUUUCUUACACGCACCGGAAACGUCUCUACCGAGACACCAAUGCGCGUGCGCAACUUUUUGGUGUACUUCAACUCGCUGUUCGACAUCUUCUGGGUGAACAAGCAGUUCAGCUACCAGGCUGCAAACAAGGCCUUCCCGUCCGGCACUCUGUGGAUUGUGUCGGUACUUUUCCAGCAGAGUUACACCGUCUACAUGACCAUGAUCAUUGUGCCGUACACACGUACGUCCUGGCGUGUGAAGGCACUGCUUUUGUUCGUUCUGACAGCUUUCUGGGUGCAGAGCUGGGCGUGGUAUAGUGUGACUGGUCUGUUGAUCACCGACGCUGUGCUUAACAUGGACCUCCAAGUCAAGUCACGGACAGGCUUCAAGAUUGGGAAGUUUCAGGUGCCAAUGUGGCCUUUGUAUGCGUCGUUCAUCUUGACAGGUGUCAUCCUGCAAUUCUUAUUCAUAUCUUGGAAGCCAAGCAUGCGCAACAAUGAACAGCACGGCCACACUAGCUUGUACACCGAGGGCAUGCUCAAUGAAGAACAGGACCUGGAUCAACCUUUGGCCAGAGUCGACAACUAUCUCUUCAUGCUGGGAGCUAUGCUUCUGAUUGAGACAUUUGAGAUGCCGCAGAGGAUACUUCGAAGCAAAGCAUUUAUUGCACUCGGAAGAAGGAGCUUUAGUGUCUUCCUCGUUCAGUCUAUCAUUGUCUAUACUAUCGGCAUGAAGCUUUGGGUAUUCAUGGAUGGUGCUGGGGUGGCUAGUACAGUGAGCACGUUGGCGAGUUUUGCUGUUUGCGCAUCCUCGGUCGCAGUGGCUUCGGAGAUCUUCUAUCGUUUGGUAGAUCUUCCGAGUAUUGCUGCAGCGAAGGGGCUUUGGACUUGGAUGAUCAAAUGA